UGCAACCGACGUGUCCUAGCGUUGCUGUACAUGAUUGGGGGGAGUAUUGGCAUUCUCGAUCUAAUUCGGUUUGAUGUAACGUCCCUCUGGAACUGAUAGCAACUUUGAAGUGGCAAAAUGCUGGAUUUCUUCGCCAUCUUCAGCAAGGGGGGCAUCGUACUGUGGUGCUUCCAGGGAGCCGGAGUGACUGAGUCCUUCACCGGGCCCGUCAAUGCUCUUAUCCGCUCCGUGAUCCUGCAGGAACGUAGUGGAAUUAACUCCUACACCCAUAAUGCCCUCAGCCUGAAAUACAAACUGGACAACGAGUUUGAGCUGGUGUUUGUGGUGGGCUUUCAAAAGAUCCUAACGCUGAAGUACAUUGACAAAUUUAUAGACGACGUGCAGCUGCAUUUCAGGGAUCGCUACAAGAAUGAACUGGAACAGCGGGGCGCCUUAAAACUCCUCAACAGCACAUUUGAGUUUGAGGAUGACUUCCGCCAGCUCCUUCGCAAGGCGGAGGAGAGCAGCCGUGCCCGUGGACCCGUCUCCAUGAAGACCUUCGAGGAGUCCCAGAAGUCCCAGAAAACGGUGAAGUCCAUGAUCGAGACUAGGGGCGGAGACAAGAGCAAGGAGCACAGUGGCAAGAAGAACAAGAAUGCCAAAAAAGAGGCUCUGCCCGCAGAAUUGGCCGGGGAUGUGCCCAAGGCAGGCACCUCAGCUGUCAUGACAAACUCAGCAGAGAAUGGUGUGCAGGGCCUGACGGAGGAGGAGAUCCAGAAAAAUCGUGAGAAGUUCUUCCGCAAGCACUUUGGUGCUGAUAAACCCAGUAAAUCCCCCAAGCCCCAGAAACCACGGGAGAAGAAGAAGUCAGAGAAGGGAAACAAUUUUGUGAAGUUGGACUACAGUGAUGGGUCUAAAGAGUCUAAAGAGACUGUGGCUUCAGACAAUCUGCCAGAACCGAGUUUGCAGCUUGACUCGAUGAAGGGUGACCUGCGCAGUGUGGACUGUGAGUCGAGCACAGAGGAAGAGGAAGACGAGGGAGAGGAGAGGGCGGUUGUGGCCAACCCUAGCAAAGAGAGCUCCAAGAAGGGAGCGUUAGGGGGCAUGUUUGGGAUGCUGAGGGGACUGGUGGGCUCCAAGAGCCUGUCUAAGGACGACAUGGCGCCAGUAUUGGACAAGAUGAAGGAACACCUCAUCGCUAAGAAUGUAGCGGCCGACAUUGCCUCCCAGCUCUGCGACUCUGUGGCCAAAAAACUGGAGGGCAGAGUCAUGGGAACCUUCACCACUGUGGCCUCCACUGUGAAGCAAGCUCUGCAGGAGUCUCUGGUGCAGAUCCUGCAGCCCAAGAGGCGUGUGGACAUCCUCCGGGAUGUCCUGGAGGCGCGCAGCCAGUGCCGGCCUUUUGUCAUCACCUUCUGUGGGGUCAACGGCGUCGGCAAAUCCACCAACCUGGCCAAGAUCUCCUUCUGGCUGAUGGAGAAUGGCUUCUCAGUGCUGAUUGCUGCCUGCGAUACCUUCCGGGCCGGCGCAGUGGAGCAGCUGCGGACCCAUGAGCGCCGCCUCAGCUCGCUGCACCCCCCCGAGAAGCAUGGCGGCCACCUCUCCAUCCAGCUUUAUGAGAAGGGCUAUGGCAAGGACGCUGCCGGCAUUGCAAUGGAGGCCAUUGCCUAUGCUCGUAACCAGGGCUUUGAUGUGGUGUUGGUGGACACUGCUGGACGCAUGCAGGACAACGCUCCCCUGAUGACAGCGUUGGCCAAACUGAUUGCAGUCAACCAGCCUGACCUGGUCCUGUUUGUGGGGGAAGCCCUGGUCGGGAAUGAGGCAGUCGACCAGUUGGUGAAAUUUAACCAGGCCCUGGCCGACCACUCCAUUUCUGACAAGCCUCGCCUCAUUGAUGGCAUCGUCCUCACAAAGUUCGACACCAUUGACGACAAGGUUGGCGCUGCCAUCUCCAUGACCUACAUCACAGGGCAGCCCAUUGUCUUUGUGGGCACCGGGCAGACAUACAACGACCUGCGCAGCCUGAACGCCCGAGCUGUGGUGAGUGCGCUUAUGAAGGCCUGAGGUGCCACCGACCCACCAGCGCCAGCGCUUCUCCAGUUCCAGCCCCGUUACAAGCGGCUGCUGCCCCCAGCACGCCUCAUUGCACCAACCAAACAUUCACAGGCUUUUCCCAGAAGUAUCACCUGUGGCCAGCAGGGGGAGGGGAGCCCGAACUUCCAGCAGGUGAAAAACAGUGGUUUGCUUUCUACACCUUCGAUAAAACCCCAGUGCCAACCCUCACUUACCUCAUUAUUGCUUCACCAACAUAUGAGAGGCACAGAGGAGAUAUUUUGUCAAAUCUUCCCAUUUUUUAAAAUCAGGGAUGCAGACAUUUUCAACUCUCUCUAAACCAGGUUGCCCCCCACAUAUCCCCCCUUACUGUUCUGGCUUUUACAGCCCCCAGGAAUUAAUGUGACAAACCCACCACUUGCACCACAACUUCCAGCGUUCGUUCUUUUUAACCCUUCUCAUCCAAGAUUUACAAGGCAGAGCCUCCAUGCUAUAGCACUUAGUCUUACUGCUCUUGCUAGAAGAGAAAAGAGAAACUGAGCCCCCCCGAAAGCCUGCUGACCACAGUGCCUAUCCAUGUACAGUCUCCUAGAGCAGUGAUGCAUACAGUCAAUCAUCUCGGACAAGCUCGUCUUUCACUACUCAGCAGUGUUCUCUCGCAUGUUGGAAGCCCUGCCGUGAGAAUAAUACGACCCUUGACCUUUCCACCACAGAGACUCAAGCCUUAGCCCCAGCAGUUCCUGUUUCAUAUGGGGAGGUUUGGGGAUGGCUUAUUGUU